GUCCGCUCAAGUCCUGACGCGGCCUCUAACCAAGGCAUGGACGCCGCGGCUGCGGAGGGAGAGAAACCAGCGCAGAGGUUCAGCCCCGUGUCCUCAGCCCUGGACGCGCCCCAUACCUGGACAGGGACUCCUGUCAGAAACCCACUUUCCUUCUAGCAGAAACCCACUUGCUUCGGUACUCCGGUUCCAGCCCCUGGAGCCCCGCCCCCACCCCUUAUAUGGUGGAGACCGCGUUUGAGCGGAGAGGCCCCAGUUCCGACCCGUAGUUGCGCCAACGUCAACCCAUCACAAUGAUGGCUGCCCGCACAGCCCAGGGGAAGACAGCCUGUGCCCGUUCACUUCAGAUCCAGCAGCUCGCAGACCAGAGCCUCUGGACACAUGCGGACUGCAUUGGGACACCCCCACAUGAGGACAUGCCUCCAAGACUGGGAUAGGUAACUGUUUCACCUAAUCAUGGUGACAGAAGGCUGAACACAAUGAGAAGACUGAGGACUAUAUUUCAAAUGAAAGGGCAAGAAGAAACCCCUGAAAAAACUCUCUGAUGAAACGGAGGAAGGUUAUGUUCAAAAGAAAAAGGAACUGUGGGGAGUCUGUAUCUUUGUUGCAGCAGUUGACUUAGAUGAGAUGCCGUUCACUUUCACUGAGCUACAGAAAAACAUUGAAACCAGUGUCUAUAAAUUCUUUGAUUUACUAAAAGAAAUCGAUACUAGUACCAAAGUUGAUAAUGCUAUGUCAAGACUGUUGAAGAAGUAUAAUGUGUUGUCUGCACUCUACAGCAAAUUAGAAAGGACGUGUGAGCUUAUAUAUUUGACACAACCCAGCAGUUCGAUAUCUACUGAAAUAAAUUCUAUGUUGGUGCUAAAAGUUUCUUGGAUCACAUUUUUAUUAGCUAAAGGACAAGUAUUACAAAUGGAAGAUGAUCUGGUGAUCUCGUUUCAGUUAAUGCUGUGUGUCCUUGACUAUUUUAUCAAACUCUCACCUGCUGCAUUGCUCAAAGAACCAUAUAAAACAGCUGUAAUACCUAUUAAUGGUUCACCUCGAACACCAAGGCGAGGUCAGAACAGGAGUGCACGGAUAGCAAAACAACUAGAAAAUGAUACAAGAAUUAUUGAAGUUCUCUGUAAAGAACAUGAAUGUAAUAUAGAUGAGGUGAAAAAUGUUUAUUUCAAAAAUUUUAUACCUUUUAUGAAUUCUCUUGGAAUUGUAGCUUCUAAUGGACUUCCAGAGGUGGAAAAUCUCUCUAAACAAUAUGAAGAAAUUUACCUUAAAAACAAAGAUCUAGAUGCAAGAUUAUUUCUGGAUCAUGAUAAAACUCUCCAGGCUGAUCCUACAGACAGUUUUGAAAUGCAAAGAACACCACGAAAAAGUAACCCCGAUGAAGAGGUGAAUAUGAUUCUUCCACAGACUCCAGUUAGGACUGUUAUGAAUACUAUCCAACAAUUAAUGAUGAUCUUAAAUUCAGCAAGUGAUCAACCAUCGGAAAAUCUGAUUUCCUAUUUUAAUAAUUGCACAGUGAAUCCAAAGGAAAGUAUCCUGAAAAGAGUGAAGGAUAUUGGGGACGUCUUUAAAGAGAAAUUUGCUAAAGCUGUGGGACAAGGAUGUAUGGAAAUUGGAUCACAGCGAUACAAACUUGGAGUCCGAUUGUAUUACCGAGUAAUGGAAUCCAUGCUUAAAUCAGAAGAAGAACGAUUAUCCAUUCAAAAUUUUAGCAAACUCCUGAAUGACAACAUCUUUCAUAUGUCUUUGCUGGCAUGCGCUCUUGAGGUUGUAAUGGCUACCUAUAGCAGAAGUAUGUCUCAGAGCCUGGAUACUGGAACAGAUCUAUCCUUCCCAUGGAUUCUGAAUGUAUUUAACUUAAAAGCUUUUGACUUUUACAAAGUGAUUGAAAGUUUCAUCAAAGCAGAAGCCAACCUGACCAGAGAAAUGAUUAAACAUUUAGAACGAUGUGAACAUCGAAUCAUGGAGUCCCUUGCAUGGCUUUCAGAUUCACCUUUAUUUGAUCUUAUUAAACAAGCAAAGGACCGAGAAGGACCAGGUGAUCACUUUGAACCUGCCUCUACUCUCAACCUUCCUCUCCAGAAUAAUCACACUGCAGCAGAUAUGUAUCUUUCCCCUGUAAGAUCCCCAAAGAAAAAAGGGUCAACUCCACGUGUAAAUUCUACUCCAAAUUCAGAGGCUCAAGCAACCCCAGCCUUCCAGACUCAGAAGCCAUUGAAAUCUACCUCCCUUUCACUGUUUUACAAAAAAGUGUAUCGACUAGCAUAUCUUCGACUGAAUACCCUGUGUGCACGCCUUCUGUCUGACCACCCAGAACUAGAGCAUAUCAUCUGGACCCUUUUCCAGCACACACUGCAAAAUGAGUAUGAACUCAUGAGAGACAGGCAUUUGGACCAGAUUAUGAUGUGUUCCAUGUAUGGCAUAUGCAAAGUGAAGAAUAUAGACCUUAAAUUCAAAAUCAUUGUCACAGCAUACAAAGACCUUCCUCAUGCUGUUCAGGAGACAUUCAAACGUGUUUUGAUCAGAGAAGAGGAGUAUGAUUCCAUUAUUGUAUUUUACAAUUCAGUCUUCAUGCAGAGACUGAAAACAAAUAUUUUGCAGUACGCUUCCACCAGGCCCCCUACCUUGUCACCGAUUCCUCACAUUCCUCGAAGCCCUUACAAGUUUUCUAGUUCACCUUUACGGAUUCCGGGGGGGAACAUCUAUAUAUCACCCCUAAAGAAUCCAUAUAAAAUUUCAGAAGGUCUGCCUACACCAACAAAAAUGACUCCAAGAUCAAGAAUUUUAGUAUCAAUCGGUGAAUCAUUUGGGACUUCAGAGAAGUUCCAGAAAAUAAAUCAAAUGGUGUGUAACAGCGACCGUGUGCUCAAAAGAAGUGCUGAAGGAAGCAACCCUCCUAAACCACUGAAAAAACUGCGCUUUGACAUCGAGGGAUCUGAUGAAGCAGACGGAAGUAAACAUCUCCCAGGGGAAUCCAAAUUUCAACAGAAACUGGCAGAAAUGACAUCUACUCGAACACGAAUGCAAAAGCAGAAAAUGAAUGAGAGCAUGGAUACGUCAAACAGGGAAGAAAAGUGAGGACCCCACAACCUUGGUGGGCACGCCAUGCACAUCCAGCUUCGUUGUCUUUGUCUCCUACAGAUCUGACUGUAGGACUCUCCCAGGUUCUGUUUACAGCACAGUUAGUGAAGAAGAUAACAUAUCUUUGUGCGGAUAGCACAGCUGAGUAUUUGUGCAGGGGAUUCCUAAGCCACUGGCAGCAUUGUAGUCACUAGAACACGCGUUGUUAUUGUACAGGAUUGAAAAUCUUGUGUCUGUUGAUCAAAUCUUAUGUCAAUCCUGCCAUUGAAAAAGCUGUACCAGAUGUUUCUAUUUCCAAAGUACAGUAAGGCCCCUACAUACGAACCUUCAAGAUGCGAACUUUCAAAGAUGUGAACAGUUGAGUCCAGUGAGGAACCAGAACCUGUGCCGUCAAUAUCAGGCAUGAAGUUGCAGCUCGCCUUGCGUCUCCUGUUGCUGAUGGUCCUUCCGCUCUGCCGCCUCCCUCCGCCUGUCCCUUCUCCACCAGUAACCUUCUUGCUGUUCACCCAGUACCGCCUGUGUGCCAGGUGUCCUGUGCUACUGUAGUUUUCCAGGUACUGUACUGUGAGACCGAGAUGCUUUAUUUUUGUGUGUUUUUAAUGCAUUAUUUGUGUGAAAAGUAUUAUAAGCCUAUUAUAGUACAGCACUAUAUAGCCAAUGUGUUUGUUGGGUACUUAGGCUAACUUGGUUGGACUUAAGAACAAAUCAGACUUAAGAACACACUCUUGGAAUGGAACUCGUUGAUACGUAGGGGUCUUACUUAAUAAUUGCUCUGCUUUACAAACGGUGGCAGGAUCCCCCAGGAGUGAGUCUCACAACCUGUGCCUAUCUGAGUACUUUUGUCUUCUCUUGUGGCAUGUAUGAUGUUUGCUGUUAUUUUUCUUAAUUUAUAUUUAUUUUUUUAAUUUAACAUGAAUACCCUUAGAAAAUGCGUCUUGUCUUCCAAAUGCAAUUUGGCUGACUGCCCCCAUUCACCCAAAUGACCCUGAACUCUUGUGCUAAGACAGAUGCUAGAAACUUAGGAGAAAAUGACUGAUUUUUUUACACAUUAGAGUUUAGUUUACUAAUGGAAACUAAAUGGGUGUACUGUGUGUUUGUUUUAUAAAUUUUAGUUUUAAAAUGCAAACAGAAAGCAAAAGUAUAGACCUAUGAGAUAGUCAUACUACUGAUACAGGUUUCAUACCUCAGGACUUGUAAGAGUUUAUUGAUCCUUUUCUUUAUCCAACUCAUGCUUUAAAAAUAAAGAGUUAUUAAUAGUACUCUUGGUUUUAUACCAUUCAGAUCACUGAAUUCAUUAAGUACCUGUCUAGUACUUGGAAAAUAAAGUGUUCAACUAGAGCUUUGCUGUCGAGGACCUGGAUCCAGUACAUCCCCAGGACCCUUUCUGACGUUUCUGGGUCCCAAAGAAUCAAGAUACAAAGUAAUUUUACUCCACAGACAGACUGUUAACUAUAGGAGCCUUAAUUUUUUUUCUUAGAGAGUUUCCUAAUUGCAUCUCAGCAAUGAUUCUCCUCUCCUGAAUUUGGGAAGAGGUUUUUUUUUUUUUUUCUCCUGGAAGGGUACAUGUCUUCCAUGUAUCUUUUGAACUAGCAGUUGUCUUUUUUUUUUUUUUUUUAAUUCAGCAUGGUCUUACACUGGCACAUUCAAAGCCACAUUAUUUCUAGUCCACAGUGCAGGUGAUGAAAGGUCUUUGGGUUAGACAUUAAUGUUUCUCUCUCUGAUUUUGUGCAGAAGCUUCAAAUUAAAAUAGCUAUAGUAGAAAAAGAGGCGCUUUCCCCCUCCCCCUGACACCUAAAGGUGUAAUUUAAACUAUCUUGUGUGAUUAACUUAUUUAGAGAUGGUAUAAUUUAAAAUAGGUGGUAUUUAAGGUAGCAUCUACUAGCUUUUAGAAAAUUACUUUGUUUAAACUGAGAGUUCUUUUUAAAAAGAAAUCUGGUCUUAUUUGUUAGAAAGCAAAAUUUUAUUUUGUGCUCAAUUAAGUUGCAAACUUAAUUUUUUGACAGUUUUCUUGGUAACACAGGCACUAAAAAGCUUUAUCUCACUUCCUCAUUCAUUUUUGCAUGAAUAUCAUACAAAUCAGUUAGCUUUUAGGUCAAGGGCUUACCACAUUACUGGGUCUUUUGCUAAGUUCAUGUUAGAAUUAGUGUCAGAAUUUAAGGAACUUCAGAGAUUGUGUAUUGAGAUUUCUUACAUAAGACUUCAGAUACUGCUUUAUUGCUUUUUGUAUUGGUUAAAACUGUACAUUUGAAAUUGCUACAUUACUAUUUUCUACAAUUAACAAUAGUUUGUCUAUUUUUCAAUAAAUUAGUUAAGAGUC